CUCCGUGCGUGCUCUGCUGCUGUGUGUCGGUCCGUGUUGGCGCGAACGUGCACGCCGGCGCGAGACAAAGAGCCUCCUGAUUUACACUCCAGUGGAAACUACACCGGUCUCCUGUUAUCGGCAACGUUUACGAGCAGAAAGCUGUAUUUCGAGUCGUUAUGGCUGAUAAAGAAGCUGCAUUUGAUGACGCAGUGGAGGAAAGGGUCAUAAAUGAAGAAUAUAAAAUAUGGAAGAAAAACACACCGUUUCUGUAUGAUCUGGUGAUGACCCACGCGCUGGAGUGGCCCAGUCUUACUGCCCAGUGGUUGCCAGAUGUCACCAGACCUGAAGGGAAGGAUUUUAGCGUGCACCGCCUGGUUCUCGGCACUCAUACCUCUGAUGAGCAGAAUCACCUGGUUAUCGCCAGUGUCCAGCUGCCCAAUGAUGACGCCCAGUUUGAUGCCUCACAUUAUGACAGCGAAAAAGGAGAAUUUGGUGGUUUUGGCUCAGUGAGUGGCAAGAUAGAGAUUGAGAUCAAGAUUAAUCAUGAGGGAGAAGUGAACAGGGCUCGCUACAUGCCACAGAACCCCUGCAUCAUUGCCACCAAGACCCCCACUAGUGAUGUGCUGGUCUUUGACUACACCAAACACCCCUCCAAACCUGACCCCUCUGGAGAGUGCACUCCUGACCUGCGACUGAGGGGGCAUCAGAAAGAAGGAUAUGGUCUGUCCUGGAACCCCAACCUGAGUGGCUGUCUACUGAGUGCAUCUGAUGAUCACACAAUCUGUCUGUGGGACAUCAGCACAGUACCAAAGGAGGGAAAAAUAGUGGACGCUAAGACCAUUUUCACUGGUCACACUGCUGUAGUGGAGGACGUGUCUUGGCAUCUGCUUCACGAGUCUCUCUUUGGGUCUGUUGCAGAUGACCAGAAGCUUAUGAUCUGGGACACACGCUCCAAUAACACAUCUAAACCCAGUCAUGCAGUAGAUGCCCACACUGCAGAGGUCAACUGUUUGUCCUUCAACCCCUACAGUGAGUUCAUUCUGGCCACCGGUUCUGCUGACAAGACUGUUGCAUUGUGGGAUUUGCGAAACCUGAAGCUGAAACUUCACUCAUUUGAAUCGCACAAAGAUGAAAUCUUCCAGGUUCAGUGGUCACCCCAUAAUGAGACCAUCCUGGCCUCUAGUGGAACAGACAGGCGACUCAAUGUCUGGGACCUCAGUAAAAUCGGUGAGGAACAGUCACCAGAAGAUGCAGAGGAUGGACCUCCAGAGCUGCUGUUUAUCCAUGGAGGCCAUACAGCCAAGAUUUCUGACUUCUCCUGGAAUCCAAAUGAACCGUGGGUGAUUUGCUCCGUGUCUGAGGACAACAUCAUGCAAGUCUGGCAGAUGGCAGAGAACAUCUACAAUGACGAGGACCCAGAGGGGGCAGCAGACACUGAGGUUCAGGGAUAAAAUGACUCUUUACACCACCCCACUCUCAGCAUAAGACAAAACUCUUCUAAAAACUGUCUGUCUACACUCAAGUGAAGAACAUAAGUGCUCUCCCCUAAGUAAUGGAAAUGGAAUAAUUGAAUAUUUCCCCACCAGGCAUUUUCUACUGUUUAUAGAGUAUUUUUCUAAGAAAAAUGUCAGUUAAUCCUUGAUCAGUAUCAGAAUGUGAGACAAAUGACCCUUCUCAUCCCUUACCACCAUUGUCUCCUGAGGAUUUCCAUGCAGUUUAAGUAUACUUAAAGUAUAACUUAAUCAUAAAAGUAUAUACAGGUGGGUAGUAUGUUGUGACCAGAGUGCAGUGAUACAAUAUUGAUGUUCAGUAGAUUUUUUUUUUUUUUUUAACUUGUCCUACAAAUGCAAUUUCCAUUCAAAUAUCCAUUUAUUUCAUUACUAGAUGUAUUGAUAACUUAAGCUCUUAUGUACUCUUUUUACUUUGAGCUUCAUGUAUCAGUCAGGUGGUGUUUGUCUUUUUAAUAUUGUGACUUUUCAAUGUUUUUCUCCUGUAUGUCCAUACCGUUGUACAUAACAUUAUGAAUAAACCGUUUUUGUUGAUAAAA